UUUACCUGCGGUAGACCUACAACAUAGCUAUGAACGCAGGCAGCUGUUCUAUUGCAAAGAUGCGGGCGCAAGCUCAUCGAUCAGUAGUCGCCGGGACUGUCUGCCCAUCAAUUUUCAGGCGUUGGACUGUGUCGUGUGCACAGCGACCAUGCACGCGAGCAGCUGCCGCUUUCGACAGCAGGCGUGUGGAGAAUGACUCGCUUUUGGAGAUACAGAACCCGUCUACUUCGGAUCCGCUUGUCAAAGACCUGGCCGACGUCCUUCACUUGACCCGGAAGCGCGCCCCCUUUGACAACGAGUACCUUCUUGGAUUGGUUUGGCGGGAGCGGCGGCACCUUGCUUUGGCGCUGUUUACUCUGCUGCUGUGCACCGCCUCCAACCUGGCUGCACCCGUGCUGUCUGGUAUGCUGCUGGAAAUGCUGGUCAGCGGACAAUCAAUGACCAAGUAUGCGGAGGUGUUUGCCAUUCUGGCCACGGGCUACGUCCUGGAGCCCCUCCUGACCAAGGCGCGUGGUGGGGUGGUGUACAUGUACAAUGUGUUGUCGGCGGGUGAGAAGGUUCUGGCCACGCUGCGUCUGGAGCUGUUCCGCACCCUGCUGAUGCAGCGGCUGUCCUUCUUCGACCGACACACCACCGCGGAGCUGACGGCGCUCAUAUCGGUGGAGCUGGAUGCGGUGCGGUCGUUCAUCUUUAACAACGUGUCUCGGGAUAGAGGCCUCCGGGCUUUCCUCGAGGCCGCUGGGUCUGUAGUGGUGCUGUUUGCGCUGUCCUGGCGCCUAGCCCCCGUGUGCAGUGUGGUGGUAGUUGUGGCGGGGCUGGCAGCCGCCGUGUAUCGCCGCCACACCCGGGAUAUCGAGCGGCGGCAGGGCGCUGCGCUCAGUCGCAUGGUGGCGGUGGCUCAGCAGGCGCUGGACAACAUGAGGAUCGUCCGAAGCUUCGCGGGGGAGGCGCUGGAGAGGGAGAGGUUCCAGGCAAGGGGGGGGAAGGGAAAAGGUGUGGGGGCUCAUGUGGGUUCCAGCUACCGAGCAGGGCUGUCCUUCGCAGCGGCCAAGGCCUGGUUCGAGAGCGCUAACCGGGGCGCCAUUCACGCGUCUUUACUUGCCCUGUACGCCUGGGGCGGCUGGCUGGUGUCUAACGGGUUGAUGCCGGUGCGGGUGCUGGUCAGCGGCAUUGGCUUUACCUUCAGUCUUAUGUACGCGGUGCAGGGCUCAGUCAACACACUCAGCGAGCUGCGGCGGGCGUCAGGGGCAUUCCAGAGGGUUCGUGACCUGAUCCAGAACUCGGAUCCAGAUCCCUCGAUGUACGGCGCACUGCCACCGGGCGCCUGGUGGGAGGUGGCUAACGGCGAGUUGCCUGCCGUACAGCCGUACGGUCCCGCCGCGGGCGAUCGCGCCAUUGAGGCUGCUCGUCGUGGUCGUGGGUUGGAGCUGCGUGACGUCUACUUUGCCUACCCGGCACGUCCCGAGUCAGGGGUGUUGCAGGGUUUGCAGCUGACGAUUCCCCAUGGCCGUACGACCGCUCUGGUGGGCCUUUCAGGAGCAGGCAAGUCCACUGUCGCAGCCCUGCUAUCCCGGUUUUACGAGCCCCAGGAGGGGGUCAUCCUGCUGGAUGGUCAGCCCAUAGACUCGUUCACGCGGGGGGAGUGGGCGCGGGCGGUGUCCCUGGUCAGCCAGGACCCCGUGCUGUUCAGCGGCACCAUUGCGGACAACAUUGCGUAUGGUAAGUUCGGAAUGGCUACUUUGGAGGAGAUCCAGUCCGCCGCCAAGGCCGCCAACGCUCAUGACUUCAUCACCAAGCUACCUGACGGGUACCGCACCGUGGUGGGGGAGAGGGGAGUGCUGCUGUCAGGCGGUCAGCGUCAGCGUAUCGCCCUGGCCCGGGCCAUCAUCAAGGACUCGCCCAUCAUCAUCCUCGAUGAGGCGACCUCGGCACUGGAUGUGGUUUCGGAGCGACUGGUGCAGCAGGCCAUCAACCGCCUGGUAGCGGGGCGCACUGUGCUGGUCAUUGCGCACAGACUGGCAACCGUACAGGCUGCCGACCAGAUCGUGGUGAUGCGCAACGGCCGGGUGGUCGAAGCGGGUACUCACGACCAGCUCAUUGCCAAACCCAACAGCCACUACUCGGAGCUCAUGAGCGUCCAGAACCUGUCCAUGGCCUCUACGUGA